UACAUCCCAGGGAGGGAGCCGGGCCUCCCAAGCCCUGCGCAGCUCCCUCGCCACGCCUCACACGGAAAGGAAGCCCGUGAGCGUGUAGGUCGAGUUUGGCUUGGGAACUGUCCUUUUGCAGUGUCUUUGGCCUUCGACGCUCCAUGCAGUCAUGCCGGCCGCAUGACCUUGGAGGCGUCUACGGACAACGCCGGCUCUUCGGCUUAGAAAUGGAGAUGAGCACCCACCAACCCCCAGAGUCGGACGCGACUGGACUUAAUAUUUGUGCAUUGUUCAGGCCCUGAUUUGAGGGAAAGCAGCGUCAUGCAUGCAGAUGACGUGCCCAAGGAACCCCCCCUUCCCAACCCGGAUGAGAUAUUAGGCCACUGCUUUAAACAAUUCAAACUCAGAGAGGCCUAUCCACAUUAUUUCUUUAAAGUGAAAAAAAGUCGGUUUGGCCCACCCAGAUCCAGGCGCCGUAUUUUCAUUGCCCCACCGAUGAGAGGAAAGGCUCCUUUCAAGCCCGUACUUCAGCCCCACAUGCCCUGUGGCCUGACGGAGAAAGCUCACACCUUGGAGUUCCCUUCAGAGGAUGAGGUCUCUUCAGAGGAAGAUGAGAUACAAAAACUGGAUGCUUUUAUUGAGGAGAGGAGACAACUAUGGGAUUUUCUGAACAAUUGUGUGGAUCUAGAGGAAUGGCUGAAUGCCAAGCUACCUGGAACCGAGCUGGAAGCGAGUGUCUUAGGCAGAAUAAAAGAGGACAAAGAACCAAAGGAGGUUAAAAUGGAAGCCACACUGGAAGCUGUGAAAAGCAUUGAGCACCUGAUGCCAAAGAGACAACGAUAUAAAACCAUUCCUCUUAUCACAAUGCCCUAUCCUGAGUCCCUCAAGACACUGCAGAACCUUCUGCAUAAGCAGAAAAUGAAGCUUGUGGACAUCUUUAACAAAGCUGACAGGACCAACACAAUGAAGUUCAAGAGAGCUGAUAUCAUCAGAAUAAUCCAAGCGACUAAUGUGCCUAUCAGUAAUAAUGACCUGGAAGAUGUAGUCAUCUACCUUACCUCUUUACAGAAGGGGAAUUGUGUCACCGGCGAUGAACUGACAGAGUGUCAGAGAAUAUGGAUGGAGAGCUUAAGGAAACAAACUAAGGAGACAAAGCAAGAUACCAGAGUGCCCUGUGUCCCCAAAGCCUCUUCCAUUGCUCGGAGCAAAAGCAAACUUGCAUUGCAUCAAAUGGACUAUUUGGAAGUUCCUCCUACCAACACUGAGCCAGACCGCAUGCCCCUAACCUACAGUGAAAUGGAAGUGGUUGGGAAGAGAUACAGGGAUAUGAGACGGCUGCUAAAGAUGAAAAUCAACCCCCUAGACUUUGCAGAACAGUGCCGAAUGGUGAGAACCGGGGACCGGGCAGUGGACGAACACUGCUUGCCAAGCACCAUGGAAGGCGAAGUGGGGGAACUGGUGGACAAACACCGUCUGGCUUGCCACCUGGUCUGGACUCAGUGUGUCAAGCUUUGUAGGAAAUAUGGAAUUCCAAUUUCUGAAAAAGCUCUGAAGAAAGGUCUCUUGUACCCAGGAGAUAAAAUCCUAAGAGAUGGAAAUCACUUCCGGAAAAUGAGGCAACCUGGAGGUUACUAUUCUAAAUCUCUUCGUCCUGAACCAUCAUCAUCAGAUGAAGAAUCACGAAGCACUUCUCCAGUUAAAAAAGGAAAGCCUAAGGUGACGGAGGAAAAGGAAGACCUCGAAGAGGGGAAGCCUCUGAAAUACCGCUGGAUGUCAUAUGCAGAAUUUAGGAGACUAAUGAGAAACCGCUCAAAAAGAAUUCUUCCUCCGGUGAAUUUCUGGAAAAAUAGAACCAUCUAUGAAAGCAUACUACAGACGCCAGAAAUGGUUGAAGAAGAAUACAUAGAAAGAGAGCUGAUGAAAAUGUUUACCUUCCUGAAUCCUCUGACGGACCCCAAUAACUUCUGGCCAGGGCAUCUUCUCGACAAACUGUACUUCCCAGAAAUGGAGCACGAUGGCGGUCAUCCUCUGUUCCACCGUGUUUCUCGCAAGCUCCCAGUCUAUCCCAGCAUUUACACUCCUGACCGCAGCUGGCCAGUCAACGACCAGGGCUACGUGACCUAUGGAGACCCAGACUCCCGGAAGCAUGAUUAUUAUAUUUGAUAGUGUUUAGAAACUUUUGACAAUACUAACAUGUCUUGAGUUGCGACUUUGGAACUGCUGUAAUAAGGCAACUUUUGAAGCAAAACAAGGUGAUUAAAGGUAUGGGGGAAAUCAUUUUGGGAAAUAUAUGGAAACAAAAAAAGAGGAUUCCUGGCAGUUAGUAAACAUGGACUCCAGUUACCUGUUGCUACAUGCACAGUCAUGCUAUAGAUCUCUUUGGGAAAGUGUUUGAAGCUGAAGAAUGCUUAGGGUUUUCUUCUCUUCAAAUGUGAUUACCAGUCUAAUCAUCAGCUAUCGCAACAUCACUUAUAAAUUGCAUUAAUAAAAAGAAAAAAAGACAAGAUUCAUAACAAUAAUUUUAUUUUAAGCCACCAUAGGAAGUAGUUGAUAUUUCCAACCUAUAUCAUAAUGCAUUUUACCUCAGACUGCCUCUUGGUUUUGCAUUAUUGUAUAUUUGGUUGCAACUGGGCUCUACAUUUAGUGUAAGAUGCCUCAUAGAGGAAGCCACUUCUUAACUCUCUGGAAAAAUUCAAAUCUUAAUAUUAAAAGUUCUGUUAAAGAUAUAGAUAAAGUUAUGGUCAGUUGGGCAAACAAAAUCAUAGAAUCAUAGAGUUGGAAGAGACUACAUGGGUCAUCUAGUCCAACCCCCUGCCAUGCAGGAAAAGCACAAUCAAAGCACUCCCAACAGAUAGCUACCCAGUCUCUGUCUAAAUGCUUUCAAGGAAGGAGUUUCCACCACACUCUGAGGCAGAGAGUUCCACUGCUGAACGGCUCUCACAGUCAGGAAGUUCUUCCUAAUGUUCAGGUGGAAUCUAUUUUCUUGUAGUUUGAAUCUUUUGCUGUGUCCUAGUCUCCAAAGCAGCAGAAAACAAUCUUGCCCUCUCCUGUAAUUUGAACCCAUUGCUCUGAGUUCUGCAAACAUCAAAGAACUCUCUAAAAUGCUAAAUAAGUGGUAUAUGAUGUUUGUGCAUUGAAAAUAAUAGUUUAAAGAGUGAAACAGUAGAUACUGGAGACAGUGGAGUAGGAUUGUAUCUCCAUGUGUUUUUGGAAAGAAGUAUAUAAAGAGAAGAGUAAAAUCACAACUCAGAAUAUUGACUCAGCAGUUGUUUUUUGCUGAAUCAAAACAAUGACUCAACAUUAUCUCAAAAUUUUGGUUGUUUUCAUGAAUUGGUACGCUUAGAUGUAUAAACCGGAAGAGUGCAGUGCAAUUGUCAGUAGAUGAAUUGUGGAACAUGGCCUUAGUAGCAAAAUGAAUGAACUAGGUAAAAAUGUAUUAGAAGUAAUAGAGAGUAUGCCUUUUUUAGCAACUAGACUCCUCUUUAUUUCUUACAUUAGUACAAACAGAAAGACUGUGAUAAUAUUACACUAUGAUGGUAUGGUACAAUAUAGUAAUAUAUAAUACUAAUAUUGUGCUAUGGUAAUACUUUAAUAUAUUGUAUUUACAUAUUACUUGUAAGCCACUCUGAGUCCCCUUCAGGGUGAGGAGGGCGGCACAUAAAUGUCGUAAAUAAUAAAUAAAUAAAUAAAUUUGUUCCUCCAGUUACUUAUUUAGGUUGACAGAAUUGUGUAUUGUCGUGUGUAGCAUGAUCAUUUUUGGUACUAAUUUGUAUAAUUAAACUAUUUUAUUUUGAUCUUCA